CUAUUUUUUACAAAGAAAUGCUGCAUAAUUGACCUUUAUGACCGAAGAGGCGCUCACAAACAUGUUUCUUAUUAUUCAAGUUUUCUCGCGUUUCUAUUCUACUCGACCAUAAUAAGCCACCCGCUCGACUCCUGACCCGGAAAAAAAAACCCUCGUUUGCAAGAGGGGCGAAAAUAGGAACUGAAAGUCCACAAAUUGUGCAAAUGACCUGAAAAUCAUAAACGGGUCAAUUUCCGUUGAUACCCAACCCCCCAUAUUACUCCUCUUCCCCAUCCGUGCGAUUCAAUCGUCGUGGGUCCGCCCCCGUUUGCGGCCGCCGACGUCCUUUGUUGUGGAGUGGUGGCGGCAUUCCAGGAGGGUCCGCAGACGUAGGGGGACCACACCUACGGCGCACAACCGGAGUCAAGAAAGGAAAGCGGAGAUAGAACAGAAAUUGUGCGGAUGACAUAGUUAUCGAAAGCUUGCCCGAAGAAGAAAAGAAUUUAGACGCGUUCUCAUAGCUUUUCUAAGCUUCGAAAGCUGUUUGGUUCCUAAAGCGUUACGGCUUGCUAUUUAUUGUAAUACUUCCUUAUUCGGAUUUAUCCUCGCUUUGCGAGCCGUCGAGCCUGCAAGCCCCUAAGUGUUUAAAAAUAAUUAACUAAUAGGGAUUAACUCACCCAUCAAACCCCAGCUAUAAGCAAUAGCUACUACUAUAUUGACUUACCUAUAUACUUAACUGCCUACCUAGGUACUUAUUAUGUCCAUGACGGGAGAGACGAGUCUAAAUGUUAUUGAGCCCCUGGAGGGUUUCAUUAGCGACGACGAAGAGCUUAAAACGCCAUCAAUCGGCGGCGAAUCUCUUUUCGACUAUUUUCCCUUUGAGGAGAUCGAAGCUCCCCCACUCGUCAAUCUGCCAGCUGCUACCGAAUCCGAGGAUCAUCUUCUGCCACUUAAACUUCAAUGGAAGAGUCCCAGCCAAUCGGGCCUGAAAAGUCUUCCUCAAGUGCACCGGAUCGUUGACUGGAUUAUGGGCCGAAACGUAAUAAUACAAGAAGAUCAACCAUCGGCUAAAUGGUUAUCCGCGGCUGGUAAUGCGGGUAAGGAUAGUUUGAGGGAGGGAGGCGAGGUGCAUUUCAACGGGAAGCGACUAAUAGAAGAUGACUUUUUCGACAUUGGAGAUGUCAAGGAUAUCUGCCCCGCCUGCUCGACGCCAUACUGUCAGGCUCUCGACUCCCUGCCAUUUAAAAGCAGCCUGAAGCUCGGAUACAACGACCCAGAGACCCAUACUUGGCUCAUCGGCGACAAGUAUGUUAUGACCGAGGAAAUAGACGACGAAUGGUCCGAAGAAGCGGACGUUACUCUAACCCUAGCGACGGAGCUUAUCAGGAAAGCGACGAGAGUGCCCGUGCCGAGCAUAAUAGCUGGUUGGAAGGAGAACCGGAAGGUAAUCACCAUCACCGAGAGGGUUCCUGGCCAGCGGCUUUAUGAUAUCUGGUGGGACUUACGAGACGAUCAAAGGGAUACGAUCGCGAAAGAGGUUGGACGGCAUAUGGAUCAAUGGAGACGGAUGACAUCAGACAGGAUUUCGACUCUCGGUGGUGGUCCUGUGCGACGUCAUGGUCAUCUUUUCGGUCCGUCGCAGGAAGGGUUUGGACCUUUCAUGUCUGAUGAGCAAGUAUGGAGUGCCAUUCAUAGACGUCUGAAGAGGAAAAACGUCAGCAAGGACUUGAUUCAAAUCAUGAAGGACUAUAUGCCAGAAUCAGCAUCCUGCGUCUUCACCCAUGGUGAUUUGUCCACUGCCAACAUCAUGAUUCACAACGGCAGAGUUUCCGCUAUUCUAGGGUUCGAUAAUGCUGCAUGCCUCCCAGUGUGGGCUGAGUACGUGGCGAUACACUUCUGCUACUGCAAAGAAGACGAACAAUGGAAGGCGAUGCUUAGAAGGAAUAUGAAGAGCUAUGCUAGGGCGAAGGAUUGGUGGGCGCUGUGGACUGCAGUUGAGAAGGAUGCAUCGAAGAAGCACAUAGCCGCGCUGGUGGUUCGCUGCCGGCGGUGGCAAAAACCUCCACAGAACAGACGAACGUUUGAUCCGGAAUUACCCAGCGAGAAGAAACAGCAAGAUGUCUCUAACUUAAACCUCAUGCCAGAGCCACACCUGCAGCCACCCGGUCAGAAUCACGCUCAUAAAACCUACAGUCCGUAUAGAGCAGCACUCAGCAGAAAACUGCUGAAGGGAAGACAUUUCUCAGAGUUGCUGAAUGAUGUAAACUGGGAGUCAGCUGUCUACGUGGGAUCAGAAGAUAGUGACAUGGUGGGAGUGAGCAAGGAUAACUUUUCAGCUGUAACAGAGGCACAGAUGCAAGGCAUCGUAGGAGUAGAAGAAGAUUUGGGAAGAUCCGUUAAGGAAAAUAGCGAGGAUGAAGCAUACGAAGCUAAACGUGUAGGCAUUGAAAGAUGGCUCUCGGAGAGUGAGAGGGGGAGGGAGUACUUUCACAGACCGUUACUCGUCCAACACAUAUCGAAUGAUAGCCAACGCAUGUCUAAUGAUAACCAGGACACACCUCCCCAAAUGAGUCCGGUAAAAGACCCCCCUUGGAGGGAAAGACAGAGGUCAUUCGAGAGACGAGAUAACGAUUCAAAAGGCCUAAGGCCAUUCAGCUUACACAGGUCUCUCUUAUCAGAAACUGCCAAGCAGAACCUGCAAGAAGUUGACAAGAAAGGAGAGGAUGGCGACGAGAGCGACACCCGUGAGCAAUCCAUCGAGAAAACUCUUCAGUCUCUAGAGUCUAGUCCGGUAGAUCCCAUCGUCGAUGAUAUUACUAUGACUCCUAUACCGCAGCAAGGUAAAGAGGUGCAGGAUAGCGUAGAUAUCGAGAAGAAGCGGUCUUCAAUUUUCCGAGAGAAAACAUCUCCCGGAUUGCUAUAUCUGACAAUCGCGAAUGCGGCGGCCGAGGGAAAAAGCAAACGAUAUAGAAAAAGUGUCUCCGAGGAGCAAACAUCGUUGGAGGAAGGCCAUCCUGCCGACAAGUAGUCUUGAUGACUGAAUUAUCUAUCCCAGGUCUGAUGUUCGGAAUAGAAACCAUGGUAUGGGAAGUUCCUGUUCCGUCAAGUUCCCGAUGCGCUUUAAUUGGACUUAGGGAAAGGGAUAAUAGUUUGGUUUAAUAUAUGAACUGAGAAUAGUUCGAGGCACAUCUCGC